ACACAUUCAUCCACCAGUCUCCAUAGCGGCUCAAUAACCCAUCAGUCUGUUUAUCUACUUGACUCCUACUAGCGGAGUUUAUUUCAUAGCGUCCUCCUUAAACAGCUAGCAUGACGACGCACUCGGCUGUUUUCUUCUCUGCACACAACAUAAUAUCCUUUUAUUUAAUUAGAAAAAUAUAUAAAUAAUACUCCCUUCACGGCUGAGCGCUUAGAACAGGGUCCAAUCCUUCUGUUGUCCAACAUCACUUUUUUUUCCCUGUCGCAUUUCAUGAUACUAGACUAAGGUGAAGAAAACAAUCGUAUUGGGGUUUUAAGACAUAAUUUUUUUCCCUUUCGUCUCCUCGUUUUCGUUCGCCCGCUUGUUUUCCUUCCUCUUUUUCUCUUUCUCUCUUUCUGCUUGCGCGAACGCGAGCGGAGUGACAGAUGGCGAGUCCCUCUUCCCUCGGGAAGGAAAUCUCCGCGAAUGCAGGCGCAUGUCAAUCACCGGCUCUCAUGUGAUGGCUCUUGCCAGUGACGUGCCAACCAUAUGGCCUGGCAUCAUAGCUGUGUCGCUAUGUUGACGAGACUAUUCAGUGACCCCUCUCUGAUGCCCGAGGUACAGAAGUACUCGGGCUGGGCAGGUGACAGUGAAAGCGAGGACUCCAAAGCCAAGGACGGAGAUCAGCACCUCAGGCUGGACGAGGACGAUCUUGAGGAAGGAGACCAGAAGGGGAUCAGCAGUCGGGCGCAUUCAGAAAUCGCCGGUGAAGACGAGGACGAAGAUGACGGAGACGGAGACGGAGACGAAGACGACGGGGACGAUAUUACUGAGGGAGAUAUGCCGAAAAAGAGGGGACCGAAAAAACGAGAGAUGACGCAGGCACGCAUAGAGCGCUCGAAAGUGCGCCGCCAGAAGGCCAACGCCCGCGAGCGAACACGCAUGCAUGACCUGAACUCGGCGCUCGAUAAUCUGCGCAAGGUGGUUCCCUGCUAUUCUAAAACUCAGAAACUCUCAAAAAUAGAGACCCUACGGCUGGCCAAAAAUUACAUAUGGGCCCUGUCCGAGAUCUUGCGUUCUGGGAAAAGACCAGACUUGGUUGCUUACGUGCAGACUCUGUGCAAAGGCCUUUCUCAACCCACAACCAAUCUGGUGGCCGGUUGUCUGCAGCUGAACUCCCGGAACUUCUUAACUGAACAGUGUCAGGAAGGAAGCCGUUUCCAAGGGCCCAGUUCGUUCUCCAUGCACCCCUAUCCGUACCAGUGCUCCCGUCUCUCCAGCCCUCAGUGUCAGUCCAGCUCUACCCCGCAUCCUUUAAGGACCCAUGGAUAUUGUUCCACCUACGACUCAGUCUACGCCGGGGGCGCCUCACCAGAGUACAACAGUCCGGAAUACGAGGGACCUCUCAGCCCGCCUGUAUGCAUCAAUGGCAAUUUCUCGUUGAAACAACAGGACUCCGUCUCGCCUGACGCCGAAAAGAGCUACCAUUACUCUAUGCACUACUCCGCCCUGCCCAGCUCCCGCCCCACAGCUGCCCACAACCUAGUGUUCGGUUCAUCGGGAGCGCGCAGUGGUGUCCACUCAGAUAACGUUAUGCCUUACCACGACAUGCACUUACACCACGACAGGGCGCCCAUGUACGAAGAACUGAACGCUUUCUUUCACAACUGAGGAACCCUCGAGUAGCCAACUGCCACGUCCCCUUUUUCCUUUCCUUUUCUUUUUUUCAAGGAAAAUAUAAGCCCGUCUAAUUAUUAUGAAACAGUUACU